AACGAGAUUAAUUUUUCAUUUAAUAUGUUUCAUUUCUCAACGGUUGGUUAGUAAUAUUGUUAAACUAUUUUUGUGAUUGGAUUGCACCAAUUAAACGAAAACUUUGGUUAUGGUUACUCGUUUUUUGAUGGGGUGCUUGGUGCUUGUCAAUAAAUGUCUUGAGUAAAUGUCAGUUCCUUGUAGUUGUUUGGCUUAAUAUUUACUAAUUUGUAUAAAAUCUAAUACUAAAAGUCGUGCUGAAUACGAUUUAUUUGCGUAACAUAUGUAACCUCGUUACCACCAUAACAGUAUUGUGAACAAAUCGAUUAUAUUUUGUCAUGAAUUUCAUUAAGAAAGCGCUUCUUCAUAUACUAUCAAGAAAAUAUGAAUAUUGUUGUUUAUGCUUUGAAUCAAUUAAAGUAAAUGGCGUUAAUAUUUACAAUGAAGUGGAAGUAAAAACAACGCAAUCGGAAAACCAUGUCAAACUGUCUGAAAUAUUGUUUUUGUUACUAGGAGAAGAGACUUUCAGCAAUUUCCUAACCUCUGAUAUAAUUUGUGAAAGAUGUAUGAAGAUAGCAAUAAAGAGUUAUAAUUUCAUUAAAACUACGCAAGAAAACUCAGAACAGUUAUCUAAAAUAAUUAAUAUACUUUCCAAUUGUUCGGAAAGUACAAAACAUGAAAGGGAUGCAUGUCAAACGCUUUACAUUUCUUUAGAUCCUGAAAACUACACUAGUCAAUUGUUCUAUGACUACAAUCAACUUUCAAAACCAUAUUUAACUAAUGCUGUACAGAGAUUUCAGUCUCUAGUCAACACGGAAGAAACCCAGCAAAACUUAGAGUUCCAAUCUGAAAUAAAAAUAGAACAAGAUGAUUACUUUACCAAUAUUGAAAAGAUAAACCAUAAACACAAUAUUAGAACAAAGAAUAGAAAUCACGUGGCAAUACCUACUAGUGAAAUGCUUUAUGAUAAAAAUAAUAGGCAAAAUUUAAUAUGUAAAGGCUGUUUAAAAGAUUUUCCAUCUUUAUCCAACUUGAGAAAUCACUACAUAAGAGUACAUGCACCAAAAGCCUUCAAAUGUUCAGUGUGUCAUAGAAAAUUUGGUUCCCAGUCAAUCUUAGAAGCUCAUAAAAAGGAAAGCCACUGUACUCUCAUAUGUAUGGAGUGUGGCAAAACAUUUCAUAACAGACAUACACUUAGGAUGCAUGAAAUGGGUCAUGAUGGUCUCAAAUUAGUAUGUCAAGCUUGUGGCAGAACAUACAAAAGCCAUACAACAUUCAAGAAACAUAUAGAACUGAAUAUUUGUGGUCAAAAAACCCGAGCAAGUCCUGCCGAGGCUAAGUUUACAUGUGAUUAUUGUAAUAAAAAGUAUACUCAAAAGGUGUCAUUGAGGGUUCAUAUACAACAUGAACACGGUACCUACAAAAGUCAUGAUUGUAAAUGGUGUAAAAAAAAGUUCUGGGCACUUAGUCGGUUAAAUGCACAUAUAGUGAAACACACACAAGAAAAGAAGUUUCAUUGUAACAUUUGUGGUGGUAGUUUUGUUACAAAAGAGUCUUUAUUGUAUCACACGCGUAUUCACACUGGUGAGAAACCUUAUAAAUGUGACCUUUGUGAUAAAAGGUUUAUUUCAUCAUCUCGGAGAGCUGAACAUGUGAAAAAUCAUCAUUUAAAUGCCACUUUGGAAUGUGAUAUUUGUCAUCGCAAGUUUAAAACACAGUUGUGGUUGGACAAACAUAAAAGCACACAUCUAGACAAGAAUAAUGGCACAAACGUAAUUAGGCAAGCUCUAGCUAACGAUUAUGAAAUUCAAAUAUUGGAGGAAGAUAAAAUUUAUCUAGAUGUGUCUGAUUGUGAAGAUUAUUGCUUGUGAUUACCAGGAAAUGUAUGAAUUAUGUUACCCAUGCUAUUUAUUCUAAUUGUUUCAAUAAAGUAUUUUGCUAAUGAUUUUUUAAAUUUUAUUCUAACAUGUUUUUCUAG